AUGUCGCCGUUGACGUCCAUGGACGAGCUCCAAGACAUCGAGGAUCUCGUGGUGGAGGGCGACGAGAUCGCGGGCGCGAGGGUCGGCGCCGCGCCCGGCGGCGCGUCCGCGGGAAUCGGCGGGAGGACCGGCGGGUCCGCGCCCGGCCCGGCGCUGACGAUGGACGAGGACGGGGAGGACAAGUACCGCAAGAAGGCGCCGCUUCACGUGCAACUCAUGCAACAGAUCGCGCCGGGGCUGACCGCGAAGAUCGGCACGCGCGCGGACACCCUGGACGCGAUGGAGAGCGGACGCAAGGCGGGCGGCCACGGGAGGCACGAGGAAGGGCGGACGCCGACGAAGGGCGCGGGGCGGAGGAGGGGGGCCAUCGGCGGCGGCCAUCGGAGAACGGACCCUCGGACGGUCAUCGUCGGGCUGUCGCUGCUGUCGUGCAUCGCGACGAUGAUACUGCUGUACUCGCGUCUGGCGCGCACGCUCCCUUAG